AUGUCGCUGAUAGAACCGAUACUACCCUCAUUGAGAGCCGGCCUCUCUCAGUCGAUACGGCAUGUCGCUCGACCUCAAUCCAUCCCACCUUCACCCCUCCGCGGCGCUCUAAAGCGAAAAAUAACCCCGCUCCCCGCAUCUACAUCUGCAAAUCUACAGCGGAGAUCAUUUGUAACAUCUUCACGGUUACAAUAUGCUUCCGAUCCUCAGAGUUCCGAACCAGAAGGACCCACCGGCAUUCGUGCUGCUAUUGCAAAGGCUGUAUCGAAGGUGUUACCAGAUAGUACGAAGGAGCAGUAUUAUUCUUAUCAAAAGUCCGAAGAGUUGUAUAAGGAAUGUCGGUUGCAAGGAGAGUACUAUCCUGGUGAACCGGUGACUGGGAAGGCGAAGUUUUGGUAUGAAGAAUGCGGCAUGGCACCUUGUCUUCGUAACUGGUCUUCAAUCUCAAAUCUCCAUGUCUGGCUCAUCAUGGUCCGGUUCAGAAACAUGGCCCCACGCUCUCGUGCAAAAAUGUGGCAACAAGCCUUCAUAAACCACUACUUCUUCGACCUCGAAGCCGUUCUUACCGACAGACACAAAGUCACCAAUAAGUCGAAAAGACAAAAGAUGCUGAAGGAACUUUAUGAACAUUUUCAAUAUACCAUUUUAUCCUACGAUGAAGCGUUUAUCAGAGGAGACGCCUGGAUGGCUGCGGCCAUCUGGCAGAAUGUUUUCUUGAUGCGUGAGGAUAUUGAUUUUAGAAAAUUGGCGAUGGUGGUUAGUUACGUUAGGAGGAUUCUGUCUGGGUUGGAGAAGUUGGAUGAGGAGACUAUUUUGACGGCUCAGGUGUACUUUGGAAAUCCAUUGGAAGAAGCUGCGACGGUGGAUAAGUUUACUGAGGAAUUGCCAAAUCCGAGUAAAAAGAAGAAAUAG